AUGUCGGGUUGUCAACGCGUCGAUGAUUUCGUCGGUGGUUGUGUUGAGAUCUCUAUCACGCGCAACAGCGUGGGUUCUUCGUCAUCGUUCUAUGAGCAAAGCAAGCACACCACAUUUUUACGAUAUUUGUACAAAGAGGUUCUGACAUCAAAACGACAAGUAUUAUCGCACUUUAUCUGGAUCAAUCUCUACGGGGUUGGCAAUGCAAAUCUGGUGUCUAUUAAAUACAGCAAUCGACGAUCAAUUCAUGAAAAUACAAAAAUUCUUUGGGGGAACGAAACACGAGAUGUUGACGUUUUGGCCUCACGAUAA